GGAUUUGGGUUCAAUUCUAUCAAUAAGAAAAAUGAAAAACAGAAGCUAUGCUCUUGCACUGCUUAUGCCGCUUCUAACCUCAGCAGCAAUGUCAGUGGAUGCCUGAUCUGGACAUCGGACCUCUACGAUCUCACGCUAUACGACAACGAAGAUCCAGGACAGGAUCUCUAUGUUCGACAAGUAGAAUCAAGACCUUUGAACAAAGGAUUAUCGACCAAUUCUCUCCUCCGGAGAGCAUCAGCAUUGAUCAUUGUUUCAGUAAUACUUGUGGCUUUUCUCCUUUCACUUUUGUCGUGCUGGAUUUGGAGAAGAAAGAAGAGAAGUCUGUAUUGUGAUGAGGAAGAGACUGAAGGAAAGGACUUGGAUUUGCCGUUAUUUGAUUUGAACAUGAUUGCUGAAGCGACUAACAACUUCUCGGUGAACAAUAAGCUUGACCAAGGGGGGUUUGGGCCUGUAUAUAAGGGGAGGCUGGUUGAAGGACAAGAAAUAGCUGUGAAAAGGCUAUCCAAAACAUCAUCGCAAGGCGUCGACGAGUUUAAGAAUGAGGUCAUGCUAAUUGCUAAGUUGCAACAUCGAAAUCUCGUUCGACUUCUUGGUUGUUGCAUUCAAGGAGGAGAAAGGAUCUUGGUCUAUGAGUACAUGCCCAAUGGAAGCUUGGAUGCUUUUCUAUUUGAUGAAGCUAAAAGGGCAUUGUUGGAUUGGAAAAAGUGUCGAAACAUUAUACUUGGGAUUGCUCGAGGACUUCUUUACCUUCAUCAAGAUUCUAGACUUAAAAUUAUUCAUAGAGACCUAAAAGCUAGUAAUGUUCUUCUUGAUAAAGAAAUGAUGCCCAAAAUAUCAGAUUUUGGUAUGGCGAGGAUUUUUGGAGCUAAUAUUUGUAAAUAUCUGAAGAGUUGAACUUCGCAAUAAAUUAGAUGUGACGUGAAUUGUAGUACUUGGUGCAUCAAGUGGUGUAUAAGUUAUUUGACAUAUUAC